AUGUCAGGCGUUUUCAGAUCACUGACAGAUUCACUGCCGACUCAUUGCUGUCUAAAUAUACAGUCGUUUUCAUUGCUAACUGAAUAUCAUGGAGUCAGUGGCUAUGAAUCGAAAGAGUUUGAAGCCGGAGGAUACAGUUGGAAAUCGGUGCUAUACCCCAAUGGAGACAAAAAGAAGAAUGUGAAAGACCACAUCUCUGUCUACUUGCGCAUCGCCGGAGAAGAUACACUUCGGGCUAGUUGGGGAGUAUGUGUUGAUUUUAGAUUGUUUUUGCUUGAUCAGAAUAAGGGAAGAUACUUGGAUUAUAGUACUGUUUCUCUCUCUCUUUACCUGCGAUUGGCUAAACAAAUAUCUCCUCCUGCCAUGAAAGUAUAUGCACAGUAUUCCGUAUGCAUCCGAAACAGGAACAAUGGCAGACAUGGACAUUGA